AUGAAUUUCGUCUCCGGAUUUGCGGGUGGCUUUGCCCUAACGACCUCUGUCCUCUACAUCACCAUCACAAAGCACCGCGCGACGCGACUCGAACAGCGCCGGCAAAUUCGUGAACAGGUGCAUCAAAUCAACUGGCUUGCGGCCUCUGCCGGGGCCUACGAUCGACGUUUCCUUCCACAGCACAAGCCUCGAAGCAUUGAAACGACGAAGCGACCCGAAGAGACUCAGAUCACCAUCAAAGAUGUCCUGAAACAUAGAUGGAAUCAAGAGGUGGGAAACUUUGCCCGAAAUGCAAAUGGAAAUCGCUGGGAGGUCGUCAAGAAUGCUGCUUCCCGAGGAUGGAAUGAUAUUUUGCAAUUCGUGAAAAAGUCCUAG